AUGAAUACAUCCAACAGAACUUAAAGUUUUUAUCGACAAUAAAGAGAAAUAGAAAUAGAACUUUAAACUAAUUCAAAAAAUUCCAAUAAGUAAUAAUAUGCAUAACAAUAAGAAUUAAAUGUAUUUUUGUUAAAUUAAUAAUAAAACUAGGAAACUUAUGUCAAUAUGGUUAAAUUUAUUUAAAAAUACCAAGAACAUAAUCAAAAAUUUUAAAAUUUAUCAAUAAAUAAAAAUGCUACUGCUGUUUUAAUUAUUGGAUAAAAAAAAGUCGGAAAAUCAUCUAUUUAUCAUGUUCUCAAAGGUGACAAAUUGGAGAAAGAUAAUAAAAAUUAAUUCAAUGUUUAAAAUCCAAAAGGAGUUAUCUCAUCAAUUUGUAUGGAAGAAUCCUAAUAAACAUAAACUCCUAAUAUUUAUAAUUAUAAUGAUUAAUUUGACAUUAUUGAUACACCUGGAUUUUAGGACUUAAAUUCAACAACCGAGGAAAUCAUAGUUUCUUUUCAUUUAAGAAAUUUGAUUAAUAAGUAUUCAUAAGUAAUAAUUAUUCUUGUUAUCGAAUUUAAUUCAUAAAAUAUAUAAUGCAUUGAAGAACCCAUUAAUUUAAUCAGCUCAUAACUAAGUAAAGAACACCUUAAAUAUUUGUGCAUGAACAAUCGAAUUUUAAUGGUAUUGAAUAAAAUUGAAUCUCAAAAUAAUAAUUUCUUAGAAACCACGAAUUAAUUCUUAAAAUAAAUAAAAAAUAAAGCAAAUCCAGAGGAUCACGAUAUCACAUCUUAUUUUUUAAAACAUGAAUAAUCUAAUUUUAUUGUUCCUUUAAAAAAAUUUGAGGAAAUUUAUAACCAAAAAGCAUUUUUUUAAAAUAUAUAUGAUUUUUUGAAUUUAAAAAGAAAUCACUUAUUUACCAGAUUCAAUUUUAAAUAAUAUAUAUAUCAUAAACAUCUAAUUUAAAAUAUUUAACAAUUGGUGAUUGAUUUAAAAAAAUAAAUCCUUGAAGAAUUGAAACAAUUUUUAGAUUAAUUCAAUUAAGAGUGCUCUAAACUUACAAGUUUUAUUUAAUUAAUUUUAUAUGAUAAAUUAAAGAAUAUUUUUAAUGAAGAUUAAUUUUUAGACAAUUUAUACUAAUAAUUGAAGGAGGCUAAAAAAUUUUAUGAGGAAUGUUUUAAUUAGAAUUAUUAAUCACCAAAUAAUAGGCUAAAUUAUAUUUUAAUUAUUUUAAAAAAUAAAAUUAUAUCUUUUUUCAAAGAGAUUAUGAAAGGGAAGGGUGCAUUAAAAGACUUAGAUUAUAUUUAAAAUGGAAAAUUCUUAAGAGAUAAUAUAGAUUAAUUGGAAAACAAAUUAAGAUAUCCUAAAUGGAGGAGUUUAGAAUUAAAAAAAAUUUAAGUGGGGUAAAUUUAGAUAUCAAUUUUUUUAAUUGAACCUUCACCUGAGAAUAAUAUUUUAUCUACAAAUUUCAUGAUUAUAAAUUAGCUUCCAUAAAUUAAUUCAAUAAUGAAACAUUAUGAUUGGUGGUUUAGCUACAAAGUUAUUAAUUAAAAGAUCUUUGCUUAUGUUUAUCCUUGUGAAUUAUAAGAUUAGCAGAAAAAAUAAAUAGGUUUACAUAAAAUAGAUAAUUUUCUACUUAGAUUGAAAUUCAAUUACAAAAUGGUUUAAAAAUUAUGA